AUGACUACACGAGCAGACGCAGUGGAGUUCACAGGUUAUUGGCCAGAUCAAUUCGUCGAGAUUGCGGGAUACAAUAAAGGAUGGAUAGGUGGUUCUGGUAAUUACACAUAUACCGGCAUUCUAACUUACCCAGGUCAGAACACCACCAACGAAACUAUCAUUUUUGAAAACCAAGCUAUCCGAUCUUAUAUUUACCAUUUCGCGGAUAUCGAUGCCUAUCCAUUUAACAGUAGCUUCCAAUUCCGAAUCGAGGAUGCAGCCGACUCCUCAUUAUUCGACGAAUCUCCAGUUAUACCUAUAAUCUCGAAAGAACAGGCUUUCGGUACUCCCUUCGCUAGUGCUGAUGCCCCGGCCGAGACUGCCUAG